AUGGAAUCGAAUGGGUACAUGUAACUGCAUUCUGAUUUAACAGAGUCUUUCUUUAACUUCACUUGAGAUGGGGAAAGUAGAGACUUUGCUUUGUUUGGAUGAAAAUGUUAAGACACAAGCCAUGGCUCAUUUGAAAGGUAUUGGACAGGAAAGCUGUCCACCUGAGGACAUCGUACAAUGUGAACGUAAUCCAUGUGAUCUAUCACAAGGUUGCCCUGCCUGCCCAGGAGCAACUUGUAGACCUAACUACUGUAGGGGCUGCAACGCCAUCUUUUACCAAUCAGAUGGCUCUAGAGUGACAGACUGCGGGAUACCAGAUUGUGCCCCAGAGGAUGUCGUCCAUUGCUUUGUAGACCCCUGUGAGAUUGCCAGAGAGAAGGGAUGCAGUGGAUAUCCAGAAGCCAUCUGUGUGUCUAGUUUCUGUAAAGGCUGCAAUGCUACGUGGUACGACAAAUGCCAGAAAGUGGAAUGUGGUGCCUAGUCUACAACAAGUUCUGACAAACUAUUUAUAAUGGAAAAUCGAAGAUGGAAAAUCAGAAAAUAUAACAUACACAUAUUAACUAAACUUCAAAAAAUAAUAGAACUUUUGCAGUUUUGGGAUACUAUUCUAGUAUAAUUCCUCAAUAUGUCAUAUACAGGGUGUCCCAAAAGUAUGGGGCCCCCCUAGGCAGACAUAUACCUGU